CUUUCUUCCAAAACAUAUGCGCGGGGCCCUCAGGAAAAUGGCGGAUGAUUUUGAAAUUAGCUGAAAUUGUUUUACGGUUUUCUUUUCUUAUUCAGUGAUUUUUCACUGUAUAGAAGGUAAACAUGGUUAAUGUGGGACGAGAGUGCUAAUAAUAACCAAGAGGAAGGAAUUCUAAGAACGGACGCUCACAUGAGUUUUAUCAAAACUACUGGUUUACGAGCUUUCGACGUCGUGCACCUUUUAAUUUUUACAGGCCAAUUACAAAAAUGGAUUGCGAACAGAGUUAAAGUUAAAGUUGUAUUCUCUCGCGUGUGUUUUAAUCGUUGCCAAACAUGAUGGCUACAUGUAGCUAGAAACCAUGAAAGUCGAACGAAACUGGAGAAUGAGGCCACCAGUCGUAGCGAGAAUUUUAGCAGGGUCUACCUGCCCGCGUUUGUCAACAUAAAUGAUUUAAUUGCUUUGUCAUCCAUGGUUUAAUCCCUCUUCGAAUGCCUCCACGAGAGCGAUUGCCGUUUACUGGAAAGAAAAUAUGGGACAUGGGCCUUAUUUACUGACAAGAGCGUGCUUGGCGAUCGUUACUAUUUCAAGCGUAUACCGGACAUCGGACAGUAGACCACAGUUCGAUUCUUCUUGGAACAAUACAAGAGAUUGGAAGAGGGAAUUGGCCGACAAAGAAGGAUAUUUUACCAAUACAUGGGCAGUGGAAAUUGACCCUGCAGAGGAACACGUGGUCGCGAAUAUUGCAAAGAGACAUGGCUUCCAUAUUAUAGGCCAGAUCGGUGACCUCAAAGGUCACUAUCAUUUCAGACAUGAUGAUGUGGAUGAACUGAAUAAAGAACACAACAGAGAUAAAACUGAUAGGUUACUACUAGAGAAAGAGGUGAAGUGGGCAGAACAACAAAAAAUUCUUCACAGAGUCAAGCGGGAUGGAAUACCUACAGACCCAAAGUUUAAAGAAAUGUGGUAUUUGCUCAACGAAGGUCAGACAGGAGGUCCUGUUGGAGUGGACAUUAAUGUUCUUCCAGUAUGGAAGAAGGGCUUCACGGGCAAAGGAGUUGUGGUAUCCAUAUUGGAUGAUGGUUCUUUACAGAGGACACAACCACCGAAGGGUACCGGUAGCCUUCUUGCUCUUAACAGCUUUCCUCAAAGGCUCCCUCAGGCUGACCUGAACAAAAUCCUGUACUUCACUGUGUAUGGAAUGUCUGAUAGCCUCCGAAAAUUGUGGUUCAAGGCGAAUCAUCAAGCCAUAAAGACCUUUGAUCAUGGCAAUCACCUGACAGAGCAAUAG